GCUGGAGCCCAUGUCAGGGCCUGAGCAGCUCGGCGCUUCUGCGCAUGCGCACCGGAGCAGUGCUAAUGGCGGAGAGCGUGCGGUCGCCGUUCGAUUACCGGGAGCCCCCGACCCUCGACAGCGACGGGGAUGGAGGAAAGCCGCCUCCACCGCGCGGGCGAGUGUGUGGCAGGAAGAGGAAGGGGACGCCGGUGAAGGUGUGUGAAAGAGCGGCGUAUGUGACGGAGGACGAGGAGGAGAGUCUGUCUGAACACAGUUACAGCCCAGGAGACGGUCAGUACGCAGAGGGAUCUGAAGGCCGGCUUCCUCCAGCGGGCAGCCCGUACUUCCUCACCGACCCGUCUCAGCUCUGUGUGCCUGAGCUGUCUGAAGAGGGCGCUAGCGGCGUCCGCGGCCCUGUGCUGUUCCACCCAGCGCCCAACUGCAGGAUUAGAGAGGUGCAUUGUGGGAGUCAGGUCCGGCUCGUCGUCAUAGCCAUCCGAGACAUUGCCAAAGGCGAGGAGAUCACCGUGGACUACAGUCUGACGGACUGGGGAGAGAAUGCCAUGGGCUUUCAUACUUCGGUGUCCCCGCGCGGGUUUGAAUGUGGAUUCAACCCAGAGAGCACCAUCAAGAAGGAGGAGGAGCCGGGGUCACUGCCUCUGUCUCUCACUGUUUCUGACUACCUCACUCCGUCCUGGUCUCUGUCUCCCUCCUCGUCUCCGCUGUCUCACUCCGAGGCCAGCGACUCCGACCGAGAGGAGGACGAGGAGGAGGAAGAGGACGACGACGAUGACGAAGAGGACCUGGAGGAUCUGCAGGGACGCAUGAUGAGACGCCGCAAGAAACGGAAAACCUCGGCAACCGUCAAGAAGAAAGCCCAGACCCACCCCCUGUCCUUCACAUGCCCCGCCCCUUCCUUGCCACCGCCCUUCCAGCAGCCUCUAGCCACGCCCACGACGAACAUAAACAAUAAUAUAAACAUAAACAUCGGCGCGAGCGGCACGCUCUCCCGCAGACAGCACUGUCCCUACUGCGGCCGUCACUUCCGCUCCCUCGCUAGGCACCUGGAGAAACACCACGAGCAGCAGCCCGAGGUCCGAGCCGCCAUGGAGCUGUCGCACCCCCCCGCCUCCUCGCACCCCUUCACCUCUCCCGCUCAGCCCUCGUCCUCCCUGGGAACCUCCCUGUUUUCCCGAGAGCGAGACUCUUCGUCUUCAGCUCCGAAAUCCGGAGGCGUCUCCUUCUCGCUCUCGCUGUCUCCGCCUCCUGCCUCCAGUACCUCAAAAAAGAGCUCAACGACAUUGCCGAAGAAGCCCACGGCUAACAAGAGCCCUGCCGCCUCGCCCAACCCUCCCGCCAGGAGAGGACGGCCACCGAAGAAAGAGAAAGAACAGCAGCAGAAGAAGCAGGAGGAGGCACCUCCCACGCCCGGGAAACAGGAGGAGGAGGAGUUCGACAUGAGAGAAGACGGAAGCGCAGAGGAGAAGAGUGGGGAAAUGGCGAGCUCUGGACGCUCUCACAUGCCUCCUCUGCUGUCGUCUCUCUCCACACUGGUGCUGUAUCUCCGGCGGCAGCAGCACGCCUCGUUCCUGUCGCUGUCCCGCGCUCCGGCGGCGGCUGAAGCCUGGCGUCUGCUCUGCCACUCCAGCCUGGCUCUGCUGAUCCUCUACAACCGGCACCGCGAGUGUGAGGUGGCCAAGCUCACGGUGCAGGACUACCGCAGCCGCGCCGCGCCCUCCUCUCCCUCUCCCUCGCUAGAGGCGUCGCUGUCCCCGUUCGAGCGCGCCGUGCUCUGUCUGCUGCCGCGUGUGGGUGUCCUGGGCAAACGUGGCCGGCUCCAGCCGCUCAUCCUUCCUCCGCACUCAGAGGCGUGUCUGGAUCUGCUCCUGAAGACGUCUGCAGACGUGGGUGUGGAUCCCCAGAGCCCCUAUGUGUUCUCCCGGCCGUAUCACUCCCCGGCCACGCCGCUGCGCGGGACAGACCUGCUGCGGAGCCUGGCGCGCUCUAGCGGUGCUAAGAACCCCGCGGCGCUCACCGCUCCCCGCGCACGCCGUCAGGUGGCCAUCCUGACCCAGCUGCUGCUGCUGGAGGAGGGCGAGCGCACGCCGGGCGCUGCCACGGGACGCCUGGAGGACUUCCUGCAGAGCGAGUAUCACGUGACUCAGAGCUGCGCUCGGAUUGGUCAGGACGCGGCGCUGAUGAACCGCGUGGGGAGAGUCGUUCUGUACGGAGAGAGAGAGGGAGUGCUGUUCAGAGGAAUGAGCCUGCAGCACAUCUGCCUCGAGCUGGACGUGAUGUCGGGGAACUCUGCCGACUCUUUCUCUGAUGACUCUGAUGGAGAGGCCAGUAAGACUCAAGACUCUGUGAAGAAGGAAGGGUCGAGCACUCGAGCGCCGCGGCGGAAGAAGAGCAGCCCUCACCAGUCCACCAGCUCGCCGUCAGCCGGACACAAGAGACGCAGCGCUCAGGUCAAGUCAGGGAAGCGCGGCGUGCUGAAGCGGCCGUGGUCGGAGGCGGAGCGUGUCGCCGUGGAGACGCACCUGAAGAAGAACAUCAUGGAGCUGCGUGUUCCUGCGAAAGCGGACUGUGAGCGAUGCCUGCAGCUCUGCCCUCUGCUGGUCAGCAACCAGCGCGACUGGAGGGCCAUCAAGUUCUACUGCCACAACCGCAUCCAGCUCCUGAAGAAACAGGGACGCAGAGACGGGAACACCGCCGCCGUCUGCUAACCGCAGUAACACACACACGUACAGGACGCGCUCUGACAGCACCUCACGCAGGCUGCUUCUGUGAAGAACACAGAAUCAUCGGAUACAUCUUUAAUAUGUCCGUCAAGUGCCAAAAAUGACAAAACGCCACAUAGGAGUAUCUUAACAGCAGCCCAUGUGCUCUCUUUUCCACUAAAAUAUUCACUUGUGUUUGAACGGCUGCACACUGAGAGUGAAUACAGAGUCCCAGCAUCACGUGACUGCUUUCAUGCUGUAGCUGGGUCUUGAUGGACUGGUCACUUUGAACUCAUGUGGAAAAGAGUUCCUGAACACACUCUCGCCACAUUCCCCCGUGUGUGUGAUUCCCGGACCCUUUCUGUUUCUCACACACGUGAUCAGACUCCUCAGAAACGCUGCAGCGAUGAACCGGAGCAGGUGUGGUGAAGUUACUGUUGUUACGCGGAUGACGUCCGUCAAUGUGGAGUUUUGCUCUGAAGGAUACGGACUGGUUUCUCUCUCUCUCUCUCUCUCUCUCUCUCUCUCUCUCUCUCUCUCUCUCUCUCUCUCUCUCUCUCUGUCUCUCUCCCUCUCUCUCACUCUCUGUCUCUCUCCCUCUCUCUCUCUCUCUCUCUCUCUCUCUCUCUCUCUCUGUCUCUGUCUCUGUCUCUGUCUCUGUCUCUGUCUCUCUCUCUGUCUCUGGUGUAAAACAGUGUUGGAUCAUCUGGGACCAGCUUUUCUGUCUGGAAGCUCGAGGUCAGUCUUACCUCAGGCGUCUGGAGUCUGGUCCUGUCCGACAGACGUCAGUCUGCACCUCUAUCAGGAUCAGUCUCAACAACAUCUCCAGAUCAUGCUUCACACUCAGAUCAACAGAAAAAAAUAGGAAAUUAUAUUUUGCAUAAAGAAAGGGAUGUCUGUUUUAUUAUCAUUUUGGCUUUUUUUUGCAUUAUGAUUGAUAUCACCAGGUCUCUUCUGUGGAAACUCAUUUCUGCCACAUGAUCAAAAAUAAAAGAAAAAAGUAAUUGCGACUUUAUCUCCCAGUUCUGAGUUGUUGUUUUUUUCUUUCCAAAUAGAAUUCUGAGUUAUAAACUCGCAAUUGUGAGAUAAAAGUUUCAAGUAGGCUACCUUUUUAUUUUUUAUCCUGUGAUGGAAACAAAUAUUUGAGUCAAACUAUGUGAGAUAUACACUCAGAAUUGUUAGAUAUAAACUUGCAGUUGUUAGAAAAUAAGUCAGAAUUGGGUUAAAAAGUCGCAAUUACCCUUUUUUUUUUUCAAUUUUUAAAUCUAUUUUAUUUAUUUUAGAAAACCAUUGGUUUAACUCAAACUGGCAAAACCAUCUGUAACACAAAAUAGUGUAGAGAAUAAACCAUAAUUCCUGGACAUUUACUUUUGAUUUGUUUUCUGUUUUUCAGUAUCAAUAGUGAUUCUCUUUAGAUUAUCAUUACUGUAAUACAUUAAUAUAAAUUCAUAAUGUAUAAAUAUUUUGACAUUUAAAUAUACUUUUUUCAGAAUAUUUUUUUGCAUUUCAUUAAUAAUAUUUGCAGCUAAAAAUCACAUCAAAAUGCAAAAAAUCUCAGUGGUCUGAGAAGCUGGUGUCAUGUUCGGGCUGAACUAUGAUAUCUGGACCUGUUCUUUACAGUGAGAUUCAUCCGUCUGUAUUUCGAAGUAUUGGUUGCCUUAACUUUUGUUGUUUUAUUGGUUUGAUAUUGAUCUCGUCUGGCUGCAGCUGGUGUUAAACCCAGUCACACUCAUCAUCAGUCAUGUUUUAGGGAUCACUGAGUUUGGAGAUCAGCAGCGUUUCAUUCCAUUGGAGUUUAUUUUGCUCAUCUGUGCCAAUCAGACCAUGAUUGAUUCCUGAAAUCAGACUGUUGAAGGACACUGAAUCUCCUCGCUCUCUCUCCUGUACAGUCAUCUGAUCUCUGAUCUGUGUACAGUGAUGUAUCGUAACAUGAUGUUAGCCGUUAAAAGUGUUUUCAUUGAGUGAUCAUGUACAUUCUGUAAAUAUGACUUAUAUGAAGUAACACGUUUAAAAGUUGUUUUCUUAAAUGCUGUUGUAAAGGUAUAUCAGAUUUUAGAGAGAUGAUAUCUUGACAAAUACAGAGCUUAAAGUAACUGCAAAGAAGAACUGAAUUUCAGAUUGUCAUGUCUUUUUAUUAAAUUACAAACAUGGAAACAUC